ACCAAACUGCUGCCACGCCGAACACUGCUGAUGUUUUCUGAGCUUAAUUAAAUAACGAGGAAGAAGGUGUAUUUUGAAACUUCUCACUAUUUAAACAUCUUUUGGCUUGAAAGCCUUUUGGAUGUUUUCCUAUGUUCUUGUGAUUAUGCUGAUGGUGACAGAAGAGGAGCCAUAUGGACUAAAAGUCAUCGCCGGCACAGGUGAACUACCACUCAUGGAUCUCACCAUCUGAAAUCAUCUGAAAAUCUACUGUACGGGAUCAUAUAAAACUAUAUUAAAUGGUACAAAGUACAAGGAUGACAGAGAAGAAGCUUGACAGAACCCCAAACGUGCAAGCCUUGUUCAACAUCUCCCUCACAUAAAAAUCACUUCAUCCCUCAAGAUGUCAGCCAGACGAGGAGUUCCUCCCAACAUCAGUGUCACUGUACUCGAUGACCUACUUAGUUCCUCCUCUCCCUCCACCACUACUCCAUCUCCAUCUUGCAGCAUAGACGAAUCCUACAAGUACAUCUUCCUCCCCAUCUGUUACUCUUUCACGUUCCUCUUCAGCAUCUCCCUGAACUCUGUCAUCCUCUACCGUUCCUUUCGCCAAACCAAGCGCUGGAAUGCCUCACUGAUCUACAUGGUGAACCUGGCCUCUACAGACUUCAUGUACGGCCUUUCACUGCCAUUCCUUGUGGCUAGUUACAUCAUGCGUGACCGCUGGGUCUUCGGGGACUUCAUGUGCCGCCUCGUCCGAUUUCUCUUCUACUUCAACCUCUACUGUUCCAUCUUCUUCCUCACUUGUAUCUCUGUCCACAGGUACCUCGGUAUCUGCCACCCGAUGAGGGUCAUCACACUAGAGACUAAAAAGGCUGUUAAGAGCACUUGUGUCCUGGUUUGGAUUGUAGUGUUUGCUUUGACCUGCCCUAUCUUCCGGUUUGCCCAGACUGGUCAUGUGACAAGGUUCGGAGGGCUUGGUGGCAACACAAGCAGUAUUGACAACCUAAGCCAUGACGUGUCGUCAAUAAAUGGUAAUGCCAGCUAUGGUAUCAUGGGAGGGGUCAUUGAGGAGUACCAGAACUGUUGGGACGAUGCCAUUGAUAAGGAGUUUCCCGAUUACGUACCCUAUGGCAUCAUACUCCAUUUGCUGGGCUUUUUUGUGCCUUUUUCCAUCAUUGCUUGGUGUUACUCUCACGUUGUUCUGACCAUAUUUAGGACUCUGCAUUCUCAGCCCUCAUCCCGCAGAGGUCCGAGGGAGGGGGGACAUGAGAGGAAUGAGAGAAGUAGCCCUGCAAUAGUUGCAAGAGGUCCAAGAGGAAGCAAUGGACUGUCAAGGACACUGAGAAGAGAUGAAGGGUUUUCCUUUUUCCUUGGUGCCCACUCCCCUUAUGCCAAUCGCAGACGUAAAUCUAUCAAGACCAUCAUAACCAUCACCCUUCUCUUUGCCCUGUGUUUCUUCCCCUUUCAUGUUACUAGAACCAUCUUCCUCCUGCUAAAAGUGACCAAGGGAGUCCCAUGUCACACAAUGACCAUGGUCUCCAUGUGCUAUAAGAUCACAAGGCCUUUGGCGUCAUUCAACGCAUGGCUCAACGCCCUCCUUUACUUCCUGACUAAAGACAAGGGGGGAGCUCACUGCUGCCAGGCGGUAAACACCUCCACCCAACAACAUGGUGGGCUUCUAUUGCCACUGAGGAUGAUGGGAAAAGGAGAGGACGCAGAUGAGGGAGGGCUGGAUGACAGAACUGACAAUAAGGAGAAUAAAGAAUUUCACAGUCCGUCAUACAUGAACAGAGCAAAAGUCAGAUAUAUAGUUGAAUGAAGGUUUCUGUGAGGAAUGAAAGAAUUUUAGAUGCACUGUAGGUUGACUCUUACUGUAAAACUAAAUAUACAUUAUAUAAUAUGAUCACUAUAGCAAAAUAAAUGAUUAAAGAAGACGAAGCUAGAAUUCCAAUACGCCUUUUAUUUCUAAUUGUAUGUGUCUUAUUGCUGGCCUGGUACAAGUCAUACUUUGAAAGUUACCAACUGGGUGAAUGCAACAUGGAUGCAGAUGUGACAGCUCAUUAUGGUGAUAAUCUGUUGUUUUGUUUUUUACGGGGUUUGUAUUUAUAAUGUGUUUCAGAUUAAAUCAAGAAAAAACUACCUGUUUCUACCUGUUCCGAAUGGCUAAACUCAAAAAGCCCUUCAUCAUAGAAAAGAACA